AUGAUGUCCCAGCAUUUGACGAGCAUGUUUGAACAGCUCGGUAACUUCACGAAGAACAAUUUGUCACAAAAUAGUAAAGUAGUGAAAGAGAAAGAGACAAAAACGAGUGCUAAUCAUGUGGGAUCUGGUGGAGGAAGUGCUGGGAAUGCCAUCGCGAACCCAGCUGGAAGAGUGGGGGUGCCAUUGUUACCAGCACCCUUGAAGAAACCCUGCAAGCUUCGCAACGUGGUCUCCAAAGCAGAGUCGUAUGACACGCUCUACUCCAACUGCCCUCUGGUGUAUCAAGUUUAA